CCUUCUUAGUCGGAAGGUUAUGAUUGGUUAAGCGCGUUGCCAAGCUCUGGACGCGGCUCGGCCAUUGGAAGCCGCGGGCUGCCCCGCCCGCCGGUGAAGGUGAGAGUCUCCUCCAGUCACUGGCCCCCCGCACCGCACCGAGCAGCUCCCGGCUCGUGCUCAAGGUCUCAGCAGAUUCCCUUGCGAUGUCGCCUCCAUCAGUCUUUGCCCAGGUUCCGCAAGCCCCGCCGGUUCUGGUCUUUAAGCUUACUGCGGACUUCCGGGAUGAUCCAGAUCCCCGCAAGGUUAACCUCGGCGUGGGAGCAUACCGCACAGAUGACUCUCAGCCCUGGGUUUUACCAGUAGUGAGGAAGGUCGAACAGAAGAUUGCUAACGACAGUAGCCUCAACCACGAGUACCUGCCCAUCCUGGGCCUGGCAGAGUUCCGGAGCCUUGCUUCUCGCCUAGUGCUUGGAGACAACAGCCCAGCUAUCAGGGAGAAUCGGGUUGGAGGUGUGCAGUCUUUGGGCGGGACAGGCGCACUUCGAAUUGGAGCUGACUUCUUAGGGCGAUGGUACAAUGGCACAGACAACAAGAAUACACCGAUCUAUGUAUCAUCGCCAACCUGGGAGAACCAUAACGCCGUGUUUUCUGCCGCUGGUUUUAAAGAUAUUCGGUCCUACUGCUACUGGGAUGCAGAGAAGAGAGGACUUAACCUCCAGGGUUUCCUGAAUGAUCUGGAGAAUGCUCCCGAGUUCUCCAUCUUUGUCCUCCAUGCCUGUGCACACAACCCAACGGGGACCGACCCGACUCAAGAGGAAUGGAAGCAGAUCGCUGCUGUCAUGAAGCGCCGUUUUCUGUUCCCCUUCUUUGACUCAGCCUAUCAGGGCUUUGCAUCUGGAGACCUAGAGAAAGAUGCGUGGGCUAUUCGCUAUUUUGUGUCUGAAGGCUUCGAGCUCUUCUGUGCCCAGUCCUUCUCCAAGAACUUCGGGCUCUACAAUGAGAGAGUGGGGAAUCUGACCGUGGUCGGAAAAGAAUCUGACAGCAUCCUGCGGGUCCUUUCCCAGAUGGAGAAGAUUGUACGAAUCACGUGGUCCAAUCCCCCAGCCCAGGGAGCUCGGAUCGUGGCCACCACCCUCUCUGAUCCAGAGCUCUUUAAAGAAUGGAAAGAUAAUGUGAAGACAAUGGCUGACCGGAUUCUGACCAUGAGAUCCGAACUCAGGGCACGAUUAGAAGCUCUCAAGACCCCUGGGACUUGGUCUCACAUCACUGAGCAGAUUGGAAUGUUCAGCUUCACUGGGUUAAACCCCAAGCAGGUCGAGUACAUGGUCAACGAGAAGCACAUCUAUCUGCUGCCGAGCGGUCGGAUCAACAUGUGCGGCUUGACCACCAAGAACCUAGAUUACGUCGCUACCUCCAUCCACGAAGCCGUCACCAAAAUCCAGUGAAGAGACACGGCUGAGUUCACGCCACCAAAGCAGUUCUUGUCACUACUCUUCCUGCCUGCGCAAACCUCGCUGUACAUGUCCUUAUUAGAGAUGACCAUGGGGAGGCACCUGCUGCUUAGCUGGCCCCACAUGAGAAGACAUUUCCUGAAAUGAACCCGUGGGGCCUGGGGUUAGAGCCUUUUGGAAACCAGAGCAGAUCAAAGUUAUUUAAGAAUAAAAAGUACUUUGAUAUGAGAUGUAAUCACCUUGCCUUCCUCUCUAGCAUUCUGCAGGAGUGUGGCCCACGGAGCCUGGGCUUCUGCGCGUUGCUUGACUCUGUACAAAAGUCCAUAGUCAAAGAUCAAGUUGUCUGAGGCGUCGGAUGUGACUGUAGGUAUUGGCUGGGGCAUUAAAACUCAUCAUCUUCACCCGUCUCUGUCUCUUGUCCCCCUGAUCUUCCUGCAUGGUUGUGUCCCUGGUCUGGAACAUUAGUUUUUUAAGGCAAUUGUGGCCAGUAUUUAUAUCAUGACACACAAAUGGAUUUACAUAUUUAACUGAAAUGAAAGUCCCACUAAACGGUAUUUGCUCUUGUGAUAUGUGGCACAUUGUGAUAUUUUCUUAGUCUAUUCUCUUGUGUUCUGUUUCAUUUAAAAAAAAAAUUAAAAUGCUGAUCAAGACAAAUG